AUGGCAGCUUUUUCAUAUCAACUACAUUUUUUUGUUGACUCUUCAUCUUACUUCACUAAUAUAAACAAUUCCCUUGCUACUCACACUCUUCAUGUUCAUCAAGAUAACUCUAUUAGUAAUCAAGAAACUAGUUGUGUUGAUGAUCAAGCCUCUAAGAAUAGUUUAAGUCCUGAAUCCUCUAUGGUGGUUGAUAAUCUUGAAAAGGGUGAGCAAGUUACUCAGAAAGUGAGUUCUAUGGAGAAGAAGAGAAGGGUUAGAACAAACAAGUAUUCUUCAAGUAGCCCCUUAUCUAAGGUAGAGUUGUUUGGCAAGUGA